GCAAACUAACCAAAAGACACGUCCAUUGACUUUAAUAUAUAUAUAAAUCCCUUAUCCUCAGUGUGCAUCUCAUUUUCAUAACAACUAAUCCUUAUUUCUGCAUUGCUUAUUGACUGUGCACACAUACAAUGGAUUGCAUGAGAAUCCAAAGCCCCUUGUCUCCUAAGAAGAAUUGGAAAUAUGAUGUGUUUGUGAGUUUCAGAGGCGAGACUCGCUACAACUUCACCGAUCAACUUUUUGAUGCUCUCCACAGAUACAGCAUAGUUGCCUUCAGGGAUGAUACUAAGCUCGAGAAAGGAGGACUUAUAUCUGCAGGGCUUCUGGAAGCUAUUGAAGGAUCACAGGUUCUGAUUGUUGUCUUCUCUAUCAACUAUGCUUCCUCCACAUGGUGCUUGCAAGAGCUGGCAAAGAUAGCUGACUGCAUUGAAACACGGGGACAGCGUGUUCUGCCUGUUUUCUAUGAUGUGAGUCCAACUGAGGUGAGAAGGCAAAGUGGAAAUUAUGAAGAAGCCUUUAUGAAACAUGAACAAAGAUUCAAAGAUGAUGCAGAGAUGACGGAGCAAGUGCGAAGAUGGAGGGCGGCUCUAACACAAGUAGCUAAUCUCUCUGGCUGGGAUGUGAACACCUGCUUUUUUAUUUGUAUGUCAUUCCUUUCCUACCAAGUAUUCUAGAUGAUAGCACAAAAUCCAUCAAUAGAUAAUGAUC